AAGGCAGCACACCAGGCGGGGAAAUGUUAGACUGCCUUGCAAGAUGGCAACUGGGAAGGGCUUGGCACUGCUCGCCUUGAUUCUCACCAUCGCGGGCACAGCGCUGCUAGCUACUGGGCAAAAAGCAGAGCAACCAGAAGCGGAGACCAAAUACGGGAGAGUCCGAGGGUACCAGUUCCACGUAGAUGCAGCUGAGAAGAGUGUCAAUGUCUUUCUGGGACUUCCUUUUGCUAAGCCUCCAGUUGGACCACUGAGGUUUUCUGAACCCCAGCCACCUGAGCCGUGGAAAGGUGUCAGAGAUGCCACUUCCUACCCACCAAUGUGUCUACAGGAUAAAACCAAAGGGCAGCAUUUGUCAGACCUUGCUACUAACAGGAAAGAAAAAGUUGCUCUCCAAGUGUCUGAGGACUGCUUAUACCUCAAUGUGUACACCCCUGUUUCUACAGAGGCACCAGAGAAGCUGCCUGUCCUUGUAUGGAUUCAUGGAGGUGGAUUAGUUUUAGGAGCAGCUUCGUCAUAUGAUGGUUCAGCACUAGCAGCCUUUGACAGCGUGGUGGUUGUAACCAUUCAGUACAGACUGGGUAUUGCUGGCUAUUUUAGCACUGGUGAUCAACAUGCCCGGGGGAACUGGGGCUAUUUAGAUCAAGUAGCAGCUCUACAGUGGAUUCAGGAGAACAUCAUCCAGUUUGGAGGAGAUCCAGGAGCUGUCACUAUUUUUGGAGAAUCUGCAGGAGGAAUCAGUGUUUCUGCUCUUGUCCUAUCUCCCCUGGCAAGGGGCUUGUUCCACAAGGCCAUUUCAGAGAGUGGCACUGCAGUCAAGCUUCUGUUCACUGAAGAGCCCCAGGAGGAAGCACGGAAAGUUGCUGCUGCUGCUGGCUGUGACCAAUCCAGUUCAGCUGCAAUGGUGGAAUGCUUAAGAGGAAAAACAGAAGAAGAGAUACUUGAGAUAACACUAAAAAUGGUAGAACCAAAAUCUGUGUCUGAAGGAAGCUUUCCUUUUAUUUUUCCCCAGCCUCUGCUGUUCCUUGCAGGCUGUCCAGAUGGUGUAUUUUUCCCAAAGACCCCCAGGGAAUUACUAUCUGAAAAAAUGAUCAAUCCAGUGCCAUAUAUGAUAGGAAUGAACAACUGGGAGGGAGGAUGGUUAGUUCCUACGAUGAUGAAUUUCCCUGAUUUCAGAGAUGGUCUGGAUAAGGAUGUUGCACGUCAGCUUUUGCAGAACAUCUUGGCAUUAGACCCUAAGGCUGCCAGCUCUGAAGUUGUUGACCAAGUAUACAAGGAGUACAUUGGGAAGGCAGAAAACCGUGCUCAGGUGCGAGAUGGCCUUCUUGGAGCACUAGGAGACUUCAUGUUUGUUUCCCCAGCUGUUGAAGUGGCCAGAUACCAUAGAGAUGCUGGCAACCAGGUCUACUUCUAUGAAUUUCAGCAUCGCCCAAGCUCAGCGGCAGGAGUGGUGCCAGAGUUUGUGAAAGCAGAUCAUGGAGAUGAGAUUGCCUUUGUCUUUGGAAAGCCUUUCUUAGCUGGCCAAGGUACAGAAGAAGAAAGCAAACUUAGCAGAACUGUGAUGAGAUACUGGACUAACUUUGCUAAAAAUGGACAUCCCAAUGGAGGAGACCUGGUCCAUUGGCCUCAGUAUGGUCUGGAUGAAAACUACCUGGAAAUAGACCUCGUGCAAAAAGCAUCCAAGAAAUUGAAAGAAGGCAAAAUGAAGUUCUGGAUGCAGCUCACAGAACAAAUGAUGCAAGAAAAGAGACAACACACAGACUUAUGAGAGUGGUGAGGGCACAGUUUGCUUUUAAAAGCUGAAGUAAAGCAGAGAGAGUUUGUCAGUGUGCAGAGCUUACCAAUCACCUAACUCCCUACUAUGUGAUCUCUUCAUAGAAUCAUAGUGAAAAGAGGGAAUCAAGGGAAAUCUGGGAUGUUGGUGAGACUAAAAAUCAGUCUGUAAUGAACCCAGAAUCUUUCAGGCUCCAAAAGACCCUGGGGAG